AUGUAUAAAUUUGGCGAAAAGAACGUAUUUCCUGUUGAUUGUGAUAUAGGAGAGACCAUCGGACAUCUCAAAGGAGCCAUCAAGAAGAAGAAAAUUGUGUCUCUUAGAAAUACUGACGCAAGUGCUCUAAAAUUAUGGAAAGUAAAUAUUCCCGAAAGCAAGAAAUAUGAGAUAUACGAAGGAAUCGACAUCAAAGUAAAGUUUGGAGGGGAGGAACUGGAUAGCGACCUAAGAACUAUUGGAGCACGAACUCUGCCUAAAACAUUAAAAUAUCGUGAUCCCCAAUCUCUUCUCAAGGGUGGUGGUUCCUCUUGGGACUUUCAAGCCUCAGAAGCUUUAAAACAAGAACUUAAGCAUGCUAUUCAUAAUCAUUUCAAAUUUUGGAAGGCUGGAAAAUGUGAAAAAACAACAAUACCACAAUACUUCAUUCUAGCAGGAGCUGGAGAAGGAAAAUCUCGCACUGCACAAGAAUUGCCAAAGUUGCUAAUUGAAUGUACAAAUGAUAUUGACUUAAAGAAUCGACUUAGGUCUGCUCUUGUAUUUAAUCUAUCAUUUGAAAAUGAGACCAAACUAUUUCGGGAGGUAGAAACAAAUAGCUCUUAUGCAAUUGGUAAUCGAAUGCUCUUUCAGUUGUUACAACAGCCUGGUGAAUCUUGGGAUUCCUAUAUGAAUCGAUAUAAAGUAACUCCAGCAGAGGUAUUGAGUAGAGUUGCUAAACAUCGUAAUCAAAAAUUAAAUGAUCUGAAUGUGAUUGUUAUUUUGGAUGGUAUACAAGUAGCAAUGAAAAAAGCCAUGGAUGGAACGGAUCAAGGAUUCCUUUUUUACGAUUGUAUCUCUAUACUUUGUAUACUUUCACUUCUUGGCCCAUUUAUUAUUACCUGUUGUACGGCUACUAUUAGCAUGCCCAUUCACAGUUUCCUUGACAGUUCACAAUUGAGAGUUUUUCUUCCAGUGACAUCAUUACAACCUCCGAGAAUAAACGGCAACCCAGUAUUUGUCGAUAAUCCAGUCAUGAAGAUGCUCAUAAAUGACAUGGGUGGACAUGGGCGUGCAUUGGAGGCUUUAGAAGAGUCUAUUAGAGGAAAAGAUUUGGACAAUAUUAAUUUUAUUGAUCUGAUAAAUGAUGUACGAUCAAAUAUCAGUAAUAAAUAUCAAGAAUGGUUAAGUAAAACCAUUUAUUUGAAACCAGUCCUUCGCAUUAUUCUUUCACGUACGCAAGUUGACAAAAAUCAAAAACUUGCUACAUUUGAGGGAAAAAAAAUAACAGUAGAUGAUGUAACACAAUUUGGUCUAGUUCGAUUUGAAAGUCGAAGAGCGGAUGAAGUGGUUGGAUAUCUCACAUGUCCAUAUGUUUGGCUAUGGAUAAUGGCGGGUGCGUCACGAAAUGGGAAACUCUUACGGAACUGGUAUUUUAACAAUAAAGCAGGAAACCCAAGUAUACCACCCGGUUGCCAAUACUGGCAAAAUUUUGAUAACUUUGUUGCUCAAUUUCGCAUUCUAAAAUCGAAUAUCUAUGGCGAUAAUGAACAAGUUGAACUCAGAGUCAUUCAUAAUGGUGCCAAGCACAAUUUUGGGGAUAGUUCCAUAUAUAAUCGAGAACUUAUAUUGGAACAAUCAGUUAAAAGGGUCAGCACCAAGUCUGGAAAUUAUAAGCAAAGUGUGAAAAUUUUGUGUCAGGAUGGAGAAAUUGAUGUUACAAAAGCGAGUCAUAUUCUAAUCAAUGAAUCUGGAGAUAGCUUUUGUUCAAUAAAAAUGGUAGGGACUGAACUACUACAAACGGAGACACAUCAAUGUAAAUUGGUGAAACAAAUCAUUUCUCAGGAAAGAUUUAAAGAUGAGCAUGAAAAAGCAACGAGUUCAGGGGAUACUUUCGUUCUUUACACAUUAGAAUCCUCCAAAAAACUUGAACUUCAUCAGCCAAUGACUGCAAUCGUUAGUAAGGACAACUGGGAAGAAUAUUUCGGAUCUUUUGCUAGGAGAUGCUAUAAUUAUGCUAUGGAACCACCAAAUCUUAAUGAAGCAACUUAUACUCAGCUGACUGGAAUAAAUUUCAUUGGAGAAGCACGUGCUAGAAUUAUCAUGGAAGAACGAAACAAAUGCGAAUUUUCUGGUAUAGACGAUUGUGAAAGAAGAACAAAAAUUCCGCGUACAUAUCUUGAACCCUUUUUUUAG